AUGAGCAGCGCCCAGACGUCGUCGAGGCGCUCCAAUAGCUCCGACAGUGCGUCCACCGUUGCUGGGCCCGUGAGCGUGGCCGGCACCACCAACGGCAAUGGCUUCCGCAGCGCCGGCGGCGAUGCGCUGUCCAUCGAGAUGCAGUUCUUGAACCCGCGCCGGCGCUUCCCGCUCGCGAACGAGUACUUGCCGGCUGUGCACGUGACGGAGGAGCAGGUGGAGGAUCUCCGCGAGACGUGCGAGCAGCUCACGGCCGACGCGCUCGAGCUCACGGCCAUGUUCGCGUGGGAGGACAGCAACAACAACGACCUCGUGGACGAGCACCGCGACCAGUGGAAGGUGCACUACAGGCGCCCGCACCGCGGCAAGGACGCGGCUGCGGACGAGCUCGAGGACUCGACGGAUGACAGCAACGGCGGCCUGCGCCACUACGUCGUGAGCGGCCAGAUCCACGACAUGUCGCUCGAGGACCGCGCGGUCAUGACGGACUUUUACCGCGAGUUGUUCCUGGACGCGGCGGUGCUGCGGAGCUUCGAGACGCAAACGCCGGAGGAUCCGUUCCACUUCUUCGGCAUCAAGUGGCUGGCGCACCUCAGUCCGGCCGACAAGCUCAUCUCACCGCGUGACUUCGCGUUCGUCGAGUACUCCCGCAGAGUGGCGGGUCCGAAAGGUGAGCCGCUGCUCGUGAAGGUCCAGCAGUCGUUAGGUCCCGAACACGUCGACGCCAUGAAUCGCCGCGAGUUCGACUUGGUGCGAGCUCAAAUGAGCUGCACAACCGUCUACCGGCACGACAAACGCGCCAACAACGUACAGGUGAUCGCACGCGGGUAUCUGGACCCGUGUGGAAGUGCGCCUGCCCUCAUGACCCGGUCCUUCCUCACCCGCUUGGCCCCUACACUCGUCGAGGUCGAGCACAGUGCCGACGUCAAGUACAUCAUGCGCCACGGGUUGGUUCUUCCCAAGGAGAAGUUCUUCGCUCGUCGUGAAGCGCUUAAGGCCCACGGUCGUCACCUUCUGCAGUGCACGGCUUGUGGCAAGCGCUUCGGACGGUUGAAGCGUCAUUUGACGCAGUGUCGAGCGUGUGGCGAAGCGGCUUGCGGUCGGUGUCUCAUGACGUACACGCUGUGUCUCCCGCACCACGAGCGUCGCAGUGCUGAGCACCCAAGUGCUGUGAUUCAGGAACGCUUCUGCCUGCGUUGCCUGUACUCUGGUCAGCUCGACCGCAAGGGCCAGCGCAUGGACGAUUUCUUGACCAGUGGACGUGUUGGGCCUCCAGCUCCGUCAAUCACAGCCCCGACGGCCGACGACGAUGAAGAAGUAGACGAUGACGAUGUGUCGGUCGUGGAAUUCGCCAUGCUAGACGAUGGUCCGAUGCACACCGCCAUCUCCGAGGCCCAGCGACUGCAGCGCCUGAAGCAACGUUACCUGGAGAACGAGAAGCGCAAGUAUCUCAGUAGGAACCACGAGCAGACCCCCCAGCCAAUGCUGAACGGCUCCGUGGGCUCUUCGUCCAUCUCGUCGGCACAUAACUCCGUGUCGUCGGCGUAUAGUUCGCUGUCUAUGACCAGCUCUACGUAUUCGUCCGCGGAGGCUGCGGCAGCGGCCACCGCUGCACUGCAAGCCACCACCGGCUUCCACGAGAUGGAGCACUCCAUCGGUGAGCAGGAGGCGUUGCUGCGCUCGCCUCAGAGCGAAUACGCCAAGCUGAGCUUGCAACGAACUACGCAGCGUUCGCACUCGAACCCAACUUUCAACGCGCAGCGGAUGCGCGAGAAUCGAUUGGCCGAGUGGGAGGCCGCCGAGCGCUCGCAAGCCACAUCGACGUUCGACAAUCAGUAUGACAUCGACGACUAA